AUGAACGCGUAUGGUACUUCGACUGAAUUGCCAAGUGUUGCGAGUGGGGGGCCCCACCUACAAAACUUCCAGACUAUACCUCCGUCAAUUGUGAGGCCUGCGGCAAGUCCUGGCAUUGUGCCCAGGCUCGCCGCAGGUGCCGCAGCGUGUACGGACCAAGUCCGGCACGGCGGCAACGACUGCCCCAAGCGGCAGAAGUCCUCCAUGAUCCCGUCGUUCCUGGCGUCCUCGAGGACGCCGGGCAUCUUCCUGUAA